AUGGAUUCUAAAGAUCUUAAACUACUUGAAAAAGAAAUUCUUUCCUAUAAAAGGUCACUAAGACAAUGGGAAGAAACGUUUGAACGUAAAUAUAAACGACCAGCUACUGUUGAAGACAUUAGAGGACGACCAUCAAUAGCCAAGUUUUAUAAAAGAUAUAACGAGUUGAAAAAGAAGUUUAACAAAGAAUUAGAAGCACGUGCUGCACAAAAGAGUUCAUCACAACAUUCCCUUCGUCCUCCUUCAUCAGGCAGAGUGCUCUUCCCUGAAGCUUCUGACUCAGAAAACAAGAUACCAUCAAAAGUGAUAAAUCGACAACUAACAGAAGAAGAAGCCUUUUGGCUUAAUAUACCAGCAAGUGACAACAAUAGUGCUACGAGUCAUGGCCUUUCUAAAACCAGCAGUGAUAUUGAGAUGACCAGUAGUAGUAGUUUUAAUAAUACCAAUAGCUUUAGUAUCUGUACAGACAAUGAUAGCCAAGAUGUGAGCAAUAACAACAACAAUAAUAGCAAUGAUAACGAUGGCUUCAGUAUCCCAACCAUUCCUGAAAAAUGCAGUCAGACAACACAGCCUCAAUCACAUCUAUCCAUGUCACAACCAGUAACGGCAACAACAACAAAACAAAAGAGCCUACAGCCAACAAGCUCUAGUCAGCCAACCCAAAAGAGGAAACUGAUGUUGGCUCCUGUAGAUAAAUCACAACGACAUGAACGCAAGAAGAGAAAGACGUUAAAUAGCACUGAAAAUAAGCAUAGUCUAAAUGGUUCUUCCUUGUACUCUUUUUCUGAUUUAAAGUAUGAAGAAGAGGAAAAGAAGACUGACACGAAUUCACAAGUAUCGAUGACUACAGAUGACGACAACACAUCAGAAGAUGACGAUGACGAUGACGAAACAGCAAAGCUGUUUACCAUUGUUGAAUAUCAAGAAAACCAUUUCCGUCACUAUGACCCUUCCAUCUUUCGCUGGGACGAUCCUGAUUUUAGCAUUGGUCCACAGUUCUUUGGAUCACACGCUGUGUGUAAAAACUACCUGACUGAUCCUAUAAGAAGAGCACGUAUCCAGGAAAAGUUGAAGAAGGGGAUCCUUGGAGAAGUGAAUAAAGAAAAUGAUUUAUUGGAACAAGAAAUUCUAAGGAAAGUUCAAGAAGAAUAUAAAGACAUGUUACCAAAAUUGAUACCAAGGUCCAAUCCCAAGCCUGAAACCAAUACUGAAAAAGUAAUUGAAUUCAAGAGAAAGCCUAUUCAACGAAGACAGACGCGUCUGGUCAAGAUCAAAUUCUGUGAUUGA